GUUGAUACUAAGAAUGUCCAGCAUGCGCCUGACCGCGAAGCCUUUCUCUGCGACGCGCCCUGCAAAUGCAUCGCGCAGGUGCGUGCGCGUCAGCGCGGCCAUGAAGCUGUACUCCAACCCUGCGUCUCGCGGUCGGAUCAUCGAGUGGUAUGUGCGUGAGAUUGGAAAGGACAGCGAGGUCGAGGUCAUCAACAUGGACAUGAAGGAGAAGCGCGAGCACAAGAGCGACUGGUUCAAGAAGGUCAACCCCUUUGGCAAGCUGCCGGCGCUGGAGGAUGGCGACCUGAAGCUGUUUGAGUCGGGCGCCAUCAUGUUGUACAUCGCUGAGAAGUACGGCCAGUUCAACAGCCCCGCCGAGCGCGCCCGGGCGCAGCAGUGGGCGCUGUUCGCAAACAGCACCAUGGCCAACUCGGUCUUUGUGGAGCAGUUUCGGGAGCGCUCCAUGCCCGACGUGUUUGGCACGCUGGACGCGCUGCUGGCCGCCACCCCCUACAUUGACGGCCCCGCCUUCACCGUCAGCGACGUGCUGGUGGGCGCCUAUCUGCUGUACAUCCCCGCCUUCCUGCCGCAGGUUGACCUGUCGCCCUACCCCCACGUCCAGGCCUACAUGAAGCGCCUGGCCGAGCGCCCCCACUGCGCCGCCACAGUGGCCGCCCGCGCCGCCGAGAAGAAGACGGAGACCACCGCCGCCCAGAAGGCGUGAAGGCGUGAGGUCGUGAAGGCAUGAAGGCGCGUGAAGGCGUGAAGGCUUGAAGGCGCGUGAUGUCGUGCGAUGGCGCGUGAUGACAUGAAGGCGUGAGGCCUCACCUGCAAGCGUACGGUAGUGUGGAGUGGGCGGGGAUCAGGAGAGCAGGGCGUGUGUGUUGUUUUGUGGCUUGUGUGUCUUAUGGUCAUUGCACGGGCAUGUGCACUGCAUAGGGCAAUGCAUGGGUGUGACCAAGGCCUUUGCUGUGCAUCUUUUUGUGUGGGGGUGGUGCGGCAUGGAUGUGAGCGCGGGGUGGUUCUGGUUGGAGAAGAGAAGCGAGGGAUCGGAUUAUCGAUCAUGCUGCUGGGGCAUAUGCCCUCCACGGAUUCGGGUUGCGCUUCAUGACUGACUCGCUGCUGCUGAUCAAAGGGGUUCUCACCGGGCGAGGUUGACGCGCGUUGACGCGUGUUGACGCGUGUUGACAUGUUGCGGCGGAGGUUCAGGUAUGCACCGGUUUUGACGCAACUGGAAUUAUGUGCUCAGUUAGGGGAGGUGAGCGGUGCCCACAUUAUGGUAAGUAAGAGCGUGGGCUACGUGGUCGGGAACUCGCACUCCGGCGGUUGAAUCGGGUUUUCGUUGCACCAUUACGAGAUCGCGACCAUUCGGCGUUGCGGCUUGCAAGCGCAGUUUAUGCACUUAAAACAAC